AUUACACAUUUAGGUUAAAACUCAUUUUGCGUAAAUAAAUCUUACACAAUCGUGUUUUUUUUCCUUCUCCCAUAAUGCAUCAGUUUACUUUGUUACUAAAAGUGUAGGCGAUCUGGAAACAUUGAAGGCUAUAUAAAUUUGAAAUUAACAAUUUUAGUACAAAAAUAGUUCACAAAGUCGGUUGGAAUUAUUGUUAUUAUUGUUAUUAAAUAUUUUGGAAGCGAAUGCUUAAAUUUUCGUCGUGAAUUAUGUUAUUUCCUGUGUUAUUAUGGUCUUUAAGUACAAUUCUGAAAGUCUGUGGAAAGAAUAUACCGUUGGAUUUUUCUGCCAAAGAACGCACUGUCAACACAGUAUUAAAUGAUGUGGAACAGAAGAAAUCCAAUCAAUGGAGCCAGUUUCCUAGCAAGGAUUUAUUUGAAAAUAAAUUAGAAAAUUUGAUGCAGCUUGAUAAUUUGUUUCAUGUAAAAAGCAAGAACAUAGGUUCCACCUUUGCUCCGGCAUCAUAUUCUUCAACUUCAUCAGCAACAUCAACAACCACGAAACAUUCACCAUCAUCACGAGCAUCACCGUCACAAAGACAACAACCAUCAGCAACAACAUCGGCAACAAAAACAUUACGAACGUCAUCAUCACCACGUCCAUCACCAACAGCAUCGAAAUUAUCAACCUCCCCAUCAAGAAAAAAAUUACAAUUAACAACAACUGAGCAGAAAACAACGACGCAAAAAACAACCAAGGCUACGCGUGGCGCAUUUAAUUUCCGGAAAAGGGAAGCUGCCAGUUCAAAACCAUCAACAACUUCUAAAGCUACUACAUCGUCUACAACUAAACCUACAACAACAGUCAAACCAGCUGAGAAGAUCACAUUGAAUCCUAAAUGUCUUAUACUUAAAAAGUUGAACGCUAAAUUACCUCCGGACUGCACAAGCACUUCGAACAUAAUGGAUCCGUGGAAUUGAGUUGUACAUUGCAUAUAGAUAUAUACUCACGAAAAAAUAUACAAAAAAUGUUGUUGUUUUUUUCUUCUUCAGUUUUAGUUCAUCUAAUAAAAAAUACUGUAAU